AUGGUGAUUGCUGUGAAGCCACCACUGCUGGGACCCUCCUACCAGACCUUCAUGGAGAUCAACCUCGCUGGUCUCGCGGAUCUCGUGAACAUGGCCGAGCGGCACAACGUCAGAAGCCUGCUCUAUGUCUCAUCUUUUGCAGCCUGCAACCACUGGGUGCCACAUCACAACGUGGCAGAGUCAGAUCCGGCAGCGAGCCCGCCCCUGACGUCCUUGCGGUCGCCCUACGACCUCUCCAAAGCCAUGACAGAGCAGUUUAUUCUGCAGAAACAUUCCGAGAGUGGAAUGCGAACGGUUAGCAUCCGAAUCGGCGGCGUCUAUGGGGACAACGACGACCAAUACUGGAAUCGGCGGCUGCCGUUCCGGUUGUCCCUAGACAUCAGCGACCAAGAUUCACACCCUCCGAAAAUCGAUGCCAACUACGUGGAGAAUGUUGCAGAAGGCAUGCUUCGAGUCGUUGACCGUUUGUCGGCAGAUGCCUCCGUGGGUGGACGCUUCUACUUCUACACGAUUGGGGAGCGCCACGUCACACAGCAGGAGCUGGGCGUUCGGCUGGCAGAGGCCACGGGACGAUUUCAUUUGGCCGCCCCGACUUGGGUGAUCCAUACGUGGCUGGCAGUCAUGAACUUCCUGGUUUCCUUCCAGUUCCAGCUGCCCAGCUGGCCACUCAAUCAGCCUGCAGGGCGGGUCGUCGAGCCGAAGUCAUACUUCACCACAUACUCCAUGGCCAAGAAAGGCCUCAUCGAUCAGUGGUUUGACAACGCUCUUUUCCGAGAGACGUUUGGCUACAGCCACCUCUACACCACUGAGGAGGCGGUGGCCAUGGUGGCGGCAGCUCAAAAGCAGAACCGCCCCAGGCAGACACACUCGCACAACAAGCGGCCUGGCACGUUGACCCUCGUGGCAGGGCCCGUGGUUAUCUCCCUUUGUACAAUGGUUUUGGUGAUGCUUUGCGGUGGCUUGAGCCUUUCUGUUGCAUGCUCCACAUCCUGGAGCCUGUGCAGUCUUUGCCAGUUCGGCUUCUUUGUCUCCUCGCCUGCUACACACGUUUGUGGCUUCGUAACGCAGCCAGCCUACCGGCUGUGGAUGCCCUUCCAGGGCGGCUCGCUUCACGUCCUCCUUCAGGGCAUAGGCUGGUCCUGCUUUGCGCUGCUGCUGAUGCAAUGGUGUGCAAGUUACUACGGCGAGGAGAUGCUCUUGACCGAGUUUCCCUACGUCGGAGACAGCCGACUCAAGGCAGCUUUUGGCUUGAUCGCACAGGUGACGCUGGGACUGAGCGUGCUGGCCUUUAAAACUCCAUGGGAGAAGACGAAGCGGAGCUGA